CUGUCCUGACAAGCUAUCCAUUGAUUGGAUUGAACUGUCAGUAUGUCUCUUGGAAGCUGGUGUCUCUCAUGUAUGCUGCUCGCUUGUCUGUCCUUGGCCAUUGGAAGAUCCCCUAGCCCUGACCUCAGCUCUGGCUCUCCCAGCCAGCUAAAGUCACUAUGGGAUCGGGAGGACAACAAAAAAUUUGUGCACUUGGAGAAAAGCGAAGUUUUCAAACAAAUUUAUUCUAUCCGCUCCAAGCGUAAGGCCCAGUCAGGGCUUCCCGUUAUCCAUGGCGACUAUCCUUUCGAUGACAUAAACAGAUAUGCAAAGAUCUACUACUCAGGAGACAACAGUCCAGUGAUAAUGGUGCUCACCUACUCCCUGAAUAACAACAUUGUCUUAUCAUCCAAUCUGUACAGGUCAGUGAACUAUGGCCAGAGUUUUGAUCUGAUUAACACCCGGCUGGACUCUCAUGAAUUGAAACUCUCGAAAGACGUCCAUGUUGGAAAUACGAACGUGGUGUUUGCCGAUGCUACCUCACCAAAGAUAUUCUACUCCACUGAUGAGGGAUCCACUUGGCAAUCGCAAACAUUUUCCAUCUCCACGAUUGAUGGCAGGAGUUUGAUCUGGAACACACGACACGACCAAUGGGCUCUCGCUCAUGACAGCACAAAUAGCAUACUUUACCUAACGAAAGAUCUUGGCAAGAAUUGGAUAAGCUUGUCACAAAAUGUCGACUUACCUUCUGACUACCAAUGGGGAAAUCCUGACUAUUAUGAAUCAGGUUCCGUAUUCUAUAACACUUACGACCCAGCUGAUAAGCAACAAGGGAACUACACUGUGGGUCUGUAUGUUCAAACUCCUCCUUACAACAAUCCCACGGAAGUUGAUCCUAACCUUGGUCGUCAUGACGCCUUCGUGAUGGUGGGGCCUUAUAUCUUUGUACAGAAGACAGUCAAUGAUGUCGCCAGCCUAUACACCAGCUACAACAAAGGUACCUUUAAGAAAGCAAUGAUUCCAGCCGAAAUCCCUCACCAGGCGUACUAUGUGACUCAUAUUGACGAGCUCCAAGCAUUGGUGAUUGUAGAAGACAAGAGGAGACAGUACAACUUGUACCUCUCGGGCAAAGAAGGCGUGUACUUUUCUUUGUCUGUACCUGACCUGAUUUUCCCAGAUCUGGAAGUGAUUCAGGGAGUGAAUGGCACCCUAAUAGCCAACCAGUACGUGAGGGCAGACCCCAGUCAGCUGGCGGAUACCAAACGCACACUGAUCACUCUGGACAAUGGCGGUAACUGGGAACUAGUCACUCCACCAGACAGGUACCAGAAUAGCACCACUGUCAACUGUAACCCUCCCGAGUGCUCCCUGCACCUGCACAUGAGCACUACAGAGUAUUCCAGACUGGGAGUCUUCUCUCUGGACUCAGCACCCGGACUCAUCAUAGCCCAUGGGACAAUUGGGAACCAGUUGUCUGAUGAUCCAGACCUGUACCUGUCUCGAGAUGGAGGUGUAACUUGGGAGCAGACUUUGGUGGGCAGUUGGGGGGUCAACGUAGCCGACCACGGUGGACUGAUAGUGGCAGCCAGGGACUACCAUCAGCAGUCCUCCACUGACAUCAUGUACACGUGUAAUGAGGGACAGAGUUGGCAAGACUUUACAUUCUCCUCGCAGCCUAUGACAGUUUUCGGUGUCAUCACUGAGCCUGGAGAAUACACCACAACUGUCAGUCUGUAUGGCGUAAAGACAUCCGUCUCCCCACGUGUAUGGGACGUUGUGACGGUCAACUUCACGGCUAGUUUUGAGAGAACCUGCAUCGCAACUGAUUUCUACAUCUGGCAACCUUGGGACGAUCGCACAGACACUGACUGUAUCCUUGGUGCUGAUGUUAGCAUUGAGAGACGGCUGCCCAACACCUGCUGUUUGAUUGGCACAGGCUAUGUGAGGACAGUACUGGUGACCACGUGCGCAUGUACUGAAGAAGACUAUGACUGUGACUAUGGAUUCAAGCACUCUGAUGGAUUUGUUGGCCCAUGUAUUCGUGAUCAUGAUUUUACAUUGGAUGACCCCUGCUUGAAUGACAAUGUAGUUACCUAUAUGAAGUCAACCGGCUAUAGAAAGAUCCCUGGUGACAUUUGUGAAAAAGGAGUGGAGGACACAUUUAAGAAACAGUCAUUUUCGUGCUGUGCAUCUACGGGUCAGCCAACAGCUUUGCCAGUCCCUCAAGCUGCGGGUCAGUCGACAGCUGCUCUAGGAGCUCUGUUUGCACUCACACUGUUUGGAGCACUGAUCCUCAUUGCAGUGAUUGUUGUCCUGGUUAUGAAACAUUCUUCACUGAGGCGUCGUUAUCUCCAACUAAUGACAGCUGGUGAGACAAUGGGUGGGGGUGGCAUCAUAUCUUUUGUCCCAUCCACCGAGUCUGACAACUCAACACUUCUACAACAUGACAAUGAUGAUGAAGAUGAUGAGCCCCUAAAGCUAUAAUAUAAUUAAAAGGAUGUUUGAACAUGCUGCAACAGUUUUUAGCACAUAAGUUAGUUAAGCUACUUGUUCACAAUACAGUAUAAUUAUUAUUAUUACAAUCCACAUGCAAUAUUAAGUAUCAUGUCCAAUAAAAAAAGUUUGACAGUUGCAACUUG